AGGGAGGGAGGGAGCGGGUGGGCGUGCUCGCGCCGAGGCGCACGGGAGAGAGGCAGAGCCAAGAAGCGCCCGACCGCUCCGGCGAGCCCAGGAAGUGCGAUGCGGCGCCUCUCUCCGAGCACGCUCAGGAGGCUGGCGGGAAGGCAGUAGCGGCUGCGCCACCGGCAGGGGCUCCAGGCAGGUGAGGGUGGCUGCCGCCGAGCCCUGCUGCGCUCCGGUCCUUUCGCUCGAGGACCGGCUGGCCUCGCUCGCGCCCUUCGCGGGAGGUGCACCUGGAGCUUGCACUUGCAGCCGCCUCCGAAGCAAUGGCCGCCCAAACCUGCCGGCCACCAGCGCGCCUCCCUCCGUCUGGAAGAAAAGAAAAGCCGAAAGCUCCUCUCCCUCCACCUGAGAGAAAAAGUACUGAGUUUUCUUCAUUUGAUGAUUCAGAACUAAUUAACUUCACCAUGGAACAAAAAGAGAAUAUCAUUGACAGAGACAUCGAGUUGUCUGUGGUUCUUCCGGGCGAAGUGAUCAAGUCUACUUCUAUUAAUGGCAACAAACCGAUGAUGGAUUUACUAGUAUACCUUUGUGCACAAUACCGUUUAAAUCCUUCAAGCCACACGAUAGACUUGAUAUCAGCUGAGAAAAAGCAGAUCAAAUUCCAGCCAAACACACCCAUUGGAAUGCUUGAAGUAGACAAAGUGAUUCUAAAGCCAAAACAGAUGGACAAGAAGAAGCCCACUCCCAUCAUUCCAGAGCAAACUGUGAGAGUAGUAAUUAAUUACAAGAAGACUCAGAAGACUAUUGUCAGAGUUAGUCCUCAUGCACCACUUCAAGAGCUCUUGCCAGUCAUCUGUAGCAAAUGUGACUUCGAUCCUUUACAUACCAUGUUGCUGAAAAGUUAUCAAUCUCAGGACACUCUUGACUUGGACAAGUCGCUGAAUGACCAUGGACUCAGAGAAUUAUAUGCGAUGGAUGUCAGCCGAGUCACACCGACUUCUGAAUUCCACUUGUCAUCUUUACAAGAUGCUUGUCAAAACUCUCAGAAUUUGGACAUUUUGAAGGAGAAAGAAAAUAAGGGGUUCUUCAGCUUUUUUCAGCGAACUAAGAAGAAACGAGAACAAACUGCCAGUGCUCCUGCAACUCCACUGAUGAGUAAACCAAGGCCAACUUUUUUCAUAAGGUCCAACACAGUUUCCAAACAAUAUGACUCAAAUACUCUGCCAUCAGAAAUGCCAAAAAAGCGACGAGCACCCUUGCCCCCAAUGUCGGCUUCUCAAAGCGCUCCCCAGGAUCUUGCACAAGCCCAGCACAGACCUGCAACUUGUGUCGUGAAAUCUAGCAGUAUGGAUGAAACUGAUAAGGGGCUUUCAACAAUAGGAAGAGUGAGAACAGGUUCUUUUCAGCUGAGCAGCACAUCCUCUGUUAACUCUUCCUUGAGACGGGCAAAACGCAAAGCACCAUCACCACCUCCCAGAAAAGGCCAAAGUGACAACAGUAUCGCAACAGGAUCUGAGUCAGCAGAAUCAGUUCAGACAGAAGGAAGUGUCAGAGAAAGAUAUUCAGAAGUACCAUCUCCAACAGACAAAGUAGUUGACCUAACCGGAACUCCACCACCAUCCUGUGCCACGUACCGAUUUGAGCCAGCCAGUCCUGAUCAAAGCAAUGGGCAGCAGAGCUCAGAUACAACUAAACUUUUGGGUAAUGCUGAUAUCCCAGAUGAAUCUGAAGUUUCUCUUAAAUCUGACAUAGACUCUGAAUUUAGCUUGGAGGAGAUUGAUGAAAAGGAGGAGAUGCAUGAAGAGAGCGCUGACACGUUUCUCAGGACUCAAGAGUUUUCGACCUCCAGUCUUGCUCCUGAUGUACCGCUCAGUCCUGGGAAAAAAGAGUCUGCUUCAUUGGCAGCUUCAGAUUCUGGCAUUGCUAUUGGAGGUGAUGGGCGAACCUCCAGGGAAAAAGAAAAAGAAGACACAACUGCAUAUAACAAAGACAGCCAUAGAGACCACGGGAAAGCUGCACUUGAGAAUGACAAAGCAUUGGAAGUGCUGCAGCCCAAUCGAAACAAUGGUCAAGAGGGUUCAAAAUGUCUGCCAGUGAUGACAGAAGAAAGCAAGACUGACUCGGAAGAUAGCAACAAGCUUGGAGCAGAAAAUAUCUCAAACUGCCAAACUUACCAAAGUGACAUCACUCAGGAGCGCAGUCCGCAAGCACUUUUACGGGGUCUGGAACAGUCCAACUUGGAGCCAGUAAAGACUCAAGAUGUUGCUAUUCAGACAACCCCAUCUGCUAACAGUUUUGCUCAGACUGAACUGAGUGAGAAUCCUAGUCCUCAGGGUAGCAAACAAAGCACUCAUAAAGGUUUAACCCAUACGCCUAGAUCAGCUCUGGAGAAUAAGUCCUCAGACUUCCUAUACCAGGUGCAGAAGACUGUAGGAACUUUGACAGAACUCAGCUCUCUGAAACAACAAGCUAUGCAUGACCAAGCAAAUCCCAGUAGCAAUCAAAACUACGUAUGUGCAAAUGAAGAUAACAUUCUACCACAGAGAGUUGUCCAAAGUCCUGUUACUUCUCCUACAAAGGGUUACCCGCUUUAUCAGCAACACUCAGCCCCUAAGCCAAAACCUUCCAAUGAGAUUACAAGAGACUAUAUACCCAAAAUUGGAAUGACUACCUAUAAAAUAGUGCCUCCAAAAUCUCUGGAAGUACUGAAGAACUGGGACUCAGACACUGUGGAGGACCAAGAAGCAGCCUGUUUGCCCAUGUCUCCCAAGAAGGAGAAUUCCCAGGAAUUCGGCACACAAACAGAAGUCUGUAAUACCUCAAAUCAAACGGGGCCUGAGUUUACACAAGAAGUUGUGUUGCUGGGGAAUGAUCUCCUUCCUAAAACAUGCAGUGUUGGUAAUAAUGCCACCGUUGCUCUCUCUAAUGCCCAAGGCAAGAAAAUGGGAGCAGAACAUUCCAAACCUAAUCCAGAUCAUGCAAUUGUUCCGUUGGUGCUAAGCACAGAAAAUAAAAGUUUUUUGCCACCUGUGGUGCGUGAAAAACCGAGUAUGUUAAGUCCUAUGGCAAAGCCAAGCACUUUUUAUUUGCAGAUGCAAAAGAGGGCAUCAAGCCAUUAUGUAACAUCAGCAAUUGCAAGAAGUAGUUCUGUGAGCAGCCCUACUCAAAAUGAAGCUAAAAGCUUAGCGACAGAAAAGAAAACAGCGUCGCCAGAUCAGACAUCUUUUCCGUUUCCUAGAACAGUCAGCGUUCCUUCCCAGUUGGUGGAGGAAAAGGCUGAAAAUGGUCAUAAUGAGAAAAAAACAGAUGUCCCCACUUUUCCCGUAAAACUGCCUAAGCCUCUGUAUCUUCCCCCCACUCAGCCUUCUUCAUCAAACCUGAGAACUAUUAAGAGUUUUCUUUUGCCACAACCCUAUUCUAGUUCUAGGCCCUCCCCUUUUGCUCUUGCUGUGUCAUCAGCAGUUAAGCGAUCCCAGUCAUUCAGUAAAACCAGUCCAAGCGGGAUGUUACAAGAACAAUCCUCUUUUGACCUUCCUUCACCAACGUCCAACCCUAAGAUGAAGAAUCAUUCUCCUUUGCAAAGCCCAACAGGCAGGUUGCAGCAGAACAUGGCAGAGAAGGAAAACAGUUGCGCAAGCAGCGAGCAAAGCCAGCAGGUGCCCUCUUUAUCUGGCCGCCCAACAACUGCUGUCUUUGAGAAAAGCGCUGGUGCAACACUUCAGCGCCCUGACCCAGAACAAAUCCAUCAGAGCUUGCUGACUGCAAUCCGCUCUGGAGAAGCUGCUGCCAAGCUGAGAAGGGUUGGUCCUCCAUUAAAUAUUGUUGCCAUCAAUGGGAGAUCCAGUCUUGAUUCCUCAGUGGCCAUAGAAGCAAGAUACGACAAUCACUAGGAUUCCAUGCCAAAUACUUUGCACUUUAAUCUCCACUGCAUAGACCUACUUCAAAGUGAACUGCAUAUUGCUGAAGAGUAUUUGUAAAUGCGGGGUCGUGUUGGGGUAUAUAUUGUCAAAGUGGAACACAGAAACUUCACGUGGGGCCUUGGGCCUGGGAAAGAGAAUAUAUAAUUUAUAGCAAUAUGUUUUUGUCUUUAAAGCUGAAAAUACUGCUUCAGAGCUUAAAACAUGGAGCAAAUGAGUUUGCCACCAUGAUAAUCAAACAGGUCAGUUUACCCACAGUGAAUGAUGUGCUGCAACGUGCUGAAUAAUGCCAGCCUAUGCGAUUCUUAAUGUUUAUAACUGCCUAAUAACGAUGCUCACAAAUGUAUGUAUACCAUUUAAUAACUCUGCCAUCUGAUGCCUUAGUUUGUUACAUUGAAAUGAAAUACUGUAGGUUAGCAGGAUGCUCUCUGGAAUGUCAUUUUAUGCAACUUUUUCCUUUAUUCAGUUAACAGCAAAGGGUAAGAUCCUGCCACAGUUUGGGCAAAAAAAGUCUAAAUCUCAUUGAUUUUAUUGAGGUGGGGGGGGGGCUUAAAUAUGUUUACUUUUUUCAAUAAAAGCCAAUGGGACUUCAAGGAGCUUGCCUUUGGAUGGAUCUUGUAGCACCUGAAGAUGCGUGUUCAAGUGUAUUUUCUAGCAGCAGGGGGAAUACAAUAGAAAGCCUCUAGCAGUUACUUUAUUGAUGUCGUAUGACUUUGUAGAAAAUAUUGCAAAAAAACCCCCCCAAACCCCAGCCUCACAAAAGCGCCUUACCGAUGCAACACAUUUAACAGUGGCCCUUGCAACAUGCGAAAGACGGCAGUUUGCAGGACAUGCCUGGUGAUAAACAGUACAGAAGAAUCUGAACAGCAUUGUGAGUGCUUUGGUGGCUUCUGUUCUAGAUCAGGGGCAAUUCACACAGCCUGGGAGAGAAGUCGGGGUUGGGGGGACGUGCUGUGAAUAAAUAUUAAAUCUUUCAUUCAGAGCUCCAUGUCUUAGUGGCAUAUCCCACUCCCUUCUGUCUGCAAAUCUAACAGCAAAAAGAGUUGAAGAAAGGAAAGGGGUGUGUCAGCAAAGGUUAUCAGUGUCUGAUCUACUGUUGAUGCAUCUGAGAAUCAGUGUUUGCUGACAAACAGUACUGGAGUUGCUGCUUCUCUGAGAAGUAGUGAAAACUCUGCCUGCUGAUAUUUAUUUUCUGGCAUAGCAAAGCAUUAUGGGAUUUGGUGGGUCUUGAAGAUUCUCGAGGGAGAGCAGCAUCGGCACAAAACAGCCAAAAUUAUAUUUGAACUAGUAUGCAAAUAUGUAAAGAGGUCAAAGCAAUAGAACUCUUACGUACAUGUAUAAAUGUUUCUCUUCUCAAUACUUAGAAAAGCAGUAUUUUUUUAAUGGGCUAGAUAACUUUUAAAAUUCAGGAGAAUAAAUGUAGGGAAGGAAAAACAAACUUCGCUUUCUGCAGAUAGUAAGAGGUGAUAGUGAUUUGUGUACUAUAAAAUCAGUUUUAAUUACACAAUGUCAGUGAAAUAGUUUUAUCAUUUGUACAAACUUCUGUAGCCACAGAAUUAAAUUAUACUGAAGGUAGAUCUAUGCAAUUGAGCAUCAAUGCACAGACAGCAGAAUCCUCAGUUAACAGAUGCGCUUCCUGUCCAGUUAAUGUUACAUUUGUAAAUUGAAAUUGCUGUGUGAUCCACGCUCUGAUCAAGCAACUGAAUUGUAGAUACAUGCGGCAAAUACUGGGAUAUUUGCAACAUUCUAAAAUAAUUCAUGUUUGGUUUUGUUAAAUAAAAGGAAAUUGUUUUUGGUUUUAUGCUUAAA